AUGGCAGAAAAGAAAGCGCUGAGCGAGAUCUCCAGGCAGGAGGAUAAGAUUGUGUCCCAGAUAUCUGAUCUGAUCAAGAAGCUGGAAAUAGAGGACGACGAGCUGUCCAGGAUGAUGGGUCACGUGGAGGAGAUGUGUCAUGUCACCGACCCAAUAAGAUUCCUACAAGAAAGUGACAUUACAGUAUGUGGUCGUGGAGAUGUUGAGGACACAGGGGGAGAUGGUGGAGAGGGCAGGUCUGAGGAUGAUCUGGAUGAGGUUCUGAUCUCACUGACCUUACACCGAUCUAUGAGGGAUAUUGUCACCAAUGUCACAUCAGAGCUCGGGCUCCAUGUUCCAGACAUAUUGCUGGAUGAGGACACUGCUCAUAGACAUGUGAAAAUAUCAGAAGAUCGGAAAACAGCAACAGAAGAAGAAGACGAGGAAAGAGAACAGGACAGACCAGAAUCACCAGGAAGUUUCCUGUAUUGGGACCAGGUGUUAAUCAGAUGUGGCCUCUCCUCAGGAAGACAUUACUGGGAGGUAGAGUGGAACCAGAUAGGAACAUGUGGCAUCGGACUGUCCUAUCCCAGUAUAGAAAGGAAAGGAGAUGAGUCUGGUAUUGGAUGUAAUGAUAAAUCUUGGUGUCUGGAAAUGUCUGGUGCAGGAUGUGCAGUGUAUCACCGCUCAGUCAGAUCCCCCCUCAGUGUAGAUACAACAUGUCCUAGACUUGGCGUCUAUCUGGACUAUGAGGCCGGGCGUCUGUCCUUCUAUCAGCUGUGUGACCCCAUGAGACACUUACACAUCUUCACCGCCUCCUUCUCUCAACCCCUACAUGUUGCCUUCUAUGUGCGGGAUGGAGCCUCUGUUAGAAUAAUAAGCUGA